AUGGCAAGCUCUGACUACCCGAUGGGCUCCCAGUCUCCCGUACAGGAUACGAUGUAUCCGGAUAUCGAUGAGUCUGUGCAGUAUCCGUGGCAGACAAGACAGCAAGUGAUAACUGGAGAUGCUGCUACAUCACUGAUUGAUCCUCGUCUGUAUGGGGGCCUGCCACCGCAGGGUGACAUCCCGGGAGUUCCUGGUGAAGAUUACACCGACGAGGAAAAUGACUUGCGUUCUGACCUGGACGAUGAUGCGGAAAUGAUGCCAAAUGAAGCUCCCACAUCCGACGAGGACUCGGAGUAUAGGUAUUCUGAUGGCCAAAGUGAAAGGUACGUGUUCUGGCUCAUGCGAGAACGCUCCAGGGCUGACAAUGGUUGUAGCGAUGAAGAGUUUUCCGAAGAAUAUCCUGAGGAAGAUGCCUCUGACGACUCAGGUGCCUCCCGUCGACGGCGGGGCCGCCGUGGAGGGCGGUUCUCGGGCCGAUACGGUGCUCGUGGUGGGAAAGGCAUCAAGAGAGGGCCCCGUAAGCCGCUUGAGCCUAGCCCCGAGUUCAAGCUGCUUCAUUCGGAAGCGACCUCGGCUUUCAUCGACGGUAACUAUGAUCGGGCCAUUGAUCUUGUGAUGCGUGCCAUCCAAGUCAAUCCUGAAAUGUUUCCGGCUCAUUCGCUACUAUCCGAAAUUUUUCUUGCCCAAGGCGAGAAGGACAAAGCCCUUGCCGCUCUAUGGAACGGUGCUCACACCCGGCCAAAGGACCCAAAGGUCUGGCUUCAAGUCGCUCGCCUGAUCCUCGAGCGUGCUGGCACCGACAGAGCUAGUGCAUUGCCAGAUGUCAUUUACUGCUAUAGCCGUGUCAUUGAUAUCGACCCGAAAAACUUCAACACUCGAUACCAAAGAGCAGCGAUCUAUCGAGAACUCGGACACAAUGGCAGAGCGGCUACGGAAUAUGAGCGAAUCCUGAAGGAAAAGCCCUACAGUGCCAGAGCGCUCCGACACCUUGCGUCAAUCUACAUCGAUCUUGAAGACGUUCCGCGAGCAAUUCAAAUUUGGGCAGAGAGCAUAGAUUAUUUCCAGGACCAUCCCGAGAAAAUGCGUGACUUCUCUUGGUCAGAUAUCAAUAUCUACGCCGAACUGUUUGGCUACGUGGGCAAGCAUGAAGAAGGCCUUGCUGCACUGAAAUCGCUCUCGAGAUGGUUUUUGGGCCGCAAAGAUGAUGCUAUGUGGGAUGACUUCGAAGAGGACGACAGGGAAUGGGACCCAGAUGAUUCUCCUCGACGUAUCAAGACUAGUGGGUUCGUCCCUGGUCAGUGGCCAUGGGAAACUUAUGGCCUCGGCCUCCCACUUGAAUUGCGGGUCAAGAUGGGCCUGUUCCGUUUAAAGAUGGGCGACACAUAUCAUCAAGAGGCAUUGCAUCACUUCGAAUGGCUGAACCCAAAUGACACGUCGGAAGGCGCGCGUAUCUUUGAUUAUGGUGAUCUUUUCCGCGAGGUAGCCGAUGCACUGAAGGACGCCGGGCUCCCUAACGAAGCUUAUCGUUUCUAUGCUCCCAUACAACAGACUACCGAAUACGCAGAUCUUGGCUAUUUCAUGGCAAUGGGAGAUUGCUGUGUCCAGCUAGAGAAGAUGGCGGAGGCAGAGACUUGCUAUCUGACGGUUGCUGAGAAUGACUCGCGGAACAUGGAAUGUCGUGUGAAGCUAGGGACGCUCUAUGAGGGAUUUGAAAUGCAUGAAGAGGGAUUCAAAUACAUAAACGAGGCCAUAUUGAUCGGCCGUCAGGAAGGCAGAACCCGAAGAUCGAGACGCCACGACAAUAGGCUGGAGCAACUUGCAAUCGAAUUUCAGAGGGCUCCCGAACCCGGUACUCCCCAGCCGGCUGAUGGGCUCACUGCCUCUCGCACUCGACCAAAGCCAGGAACUGGUUCUCGAACGGACGACAUCCUGUUUCUGUAUGAAAAGAUGAAGGAGCUGCAUCCUCUCAUCAAAAAGGGUGAUUCUGAUGUCGUUGAGGAUUGGCUCGACAUAGCCGAUGCUCUCUUGCGGGAUUUCAGAACUAACCGCGUGUUCUAUCCCAUUGCCCGCACGAUGGAAUUCCAAGGAUAUUCAGGGGACGGACAUCGAAAGAAAAAGUCCAAGCAGCGCACGUUGCUUGAGGAAGCACUGGAGAUAGCAGCCCGUCUUCAAAAGGCCCUUGGCAACGGCAUAGCAGACGAGUCCUUGUCAGAUGCUAUUCCAUCCGACUAUCACGGCAUCCCUUUUGAUGAGUGGCUCGAUAUUUUCCUGGAGUAUGCCCUUCUUUCAACAGAACAAGGCGAGGCCGAGGAAGCAUAUGAGGCCCUGGACGGAGCAGCCAACGCUAGUGUCUGGUUUCAUUCCAAAAUCAACUCCCGCUUGAUCCAUGUCUGUUGGUUCACCUGUGCACUUCGGGCACAAGAUGAGGAGGCUCUUGCCAGUGAGGCCCGUUGGUUUCUCAAAGAAUAUCAAUUCGUCACGGACACUUACCGACUAUUUGGGAUACUGAGCAACCUGGCUGGUGAUCCUCAGAAAUCUUUGUUCCACUCCUCCCCCAACAUGAAAUUCAUGCUUCGUCAGAUCAAGGCCAUGGAUUUUACAUUGCCAGAUGAGUCUAACAAGCCCCAGCCUCGGCAGACCAUCUGGAAGGAGCGUGCGACUCUCUCCACAAAGGACGAAUUUGGAGAGCCAAUACCGGCAACGGAAAUGGACAUUGUGCUUCUUGUGCUCUAUGGUCAUAUUCUCUACUCCGGAGGCAGCUUCUUCCCGGCCCUCAACUACCUCUAUCGAGCAUAUGCUCUAGACGACCAAAACCCGGCCGUCUUGCUUUCAAUUGGGCUCUGUUACAUCCACCAUUCUCUGAAGCGACAGUCAGACAACCGCCAUUACUUCAUAAUGCAAGGUCUUGCUUUUAUGGACGAGUAUCGACGCGUUCGAGCAAAACCGGGAAGUUCAUUGCAGGAACGACAGGAGAUGGAAUUUAAUUUUGCGCGCGUGUAUCAUGGGCUUGGAUUAGUUCAUCUCGCUGUGACCGGGUACGAAAAGGUGCUUGAUCUUGGUGGCCAGAUUCGGGAACAAAAGAAAUUGAAAACUGGGUCUAUGAGCGGCGCAGAUGACAAUAAUAUUGACAUAGUUGAAGCAGGGUUAGGGGACCAGGUAGAGAAACCCUCGCGAUUCGCUGAGGACUUCUCAUUUGAGGCUGCUUAUUCCUUGCAAAUUAUUCACGUGCUGAGUGGCGACGCGAAGACCGCGAAGGAUAUCACUGAUCAAUGGCUUGUUAUCUAG